CAGUUCCUCGAAAUGUGAAACUUCUCGAGUUCUCGUCUAUCCCUACCAACAGUGAUCCGAUGUGGCUGGCUACCGUACCUCACCGUCACCGACCCCUUCCUCCGGUUCCGACGACCCUCACCGCUCGUCCGAAUCCGAAGCUGUUCUAUCAUUCUCUUCCCAAACCAGCCUCGUUUCGUUUCGGUCUCCGCCUCCGCCUCAACAGCUACAAAGCUUCGGCGGCAAAGAAGCAGCUGCCGGAGGUAGCAACUCGAAAAUCAGAUAGUGAGAAAUUUCGGUCACAAGAGGAAAAGAACGGUGAAGGUUUGGAUUUGGGAUGGUUGCCUGCUUUUCCUCACGUGUUUAUUGCCUCCAUGUCCAAUUUUCUUUUUGGUUAUCACAUAGGGGUGAUGAAUGGUCCGAUUGUUUCGAUUGCUCGAGAACUCGGAUUUGAAGGUAAUUCAAUUCUCGAGGGGCUUGUGGUGAGCAUAUUUAUAGUUGGUGCAUUUCUUGGAAGCAUAUGCUGCGGUUCGAUUGUAGAUAAACUUGGCUGUAGGAGGACCUUUCAGAUUGACACCAUUCCUUUGAUUCUUGGAGCAUUGAUAAGUGCACAAGCGCAUUCCUUGGAUGAAGUACUUUUGGGAAGGUUUCUUGUUGGCCUCGGCAUAGGGGUUAACACUGUUCUUGUUCCUAUCUAUAUAUCAGAGAUUGCUCCAACAAAAUAUAGAGGUUCAUUGGGAACCUUGUGUCAAAUUGGCACAUGUCUUGGGAUCAUUUCAUCACUGUUUCUUGGAAUUCCCUCAGAAACUGAUCCACACUGGUGGAGGACAAUGCUGUAUAUCGCAAGUGUCCCUGGAUUUGUCCUCGCACUUGGAAUGCAAUUUGCUGUAGAUAGCCCCCGUUGGCUAUGCAAGGUUGGGAGAUUGAGCAAUGCUAAAGAAGUGAUCAAAAAUGUUUGGGGAGCAUCUGAAGUUGAAAAGGCAGUUGAAGAAUUUCAGGCAGUAAUCAAGAAUGAUGGUAGUGAUUUGGAAAGCAGUUGGUUGGAGCUAUUGGAAGAGCCAAACUCUAGAGUUGCAUGCAUAGGAGGUGCCCUUUUUGUACUUCAACAGUUCGCGGGUAUAAAUGGGGUUCUUUACUUUUCAUCACUGACUUUUCAAGAUGUUGGAAUUACAAGUAGUGCUUUAGCAAGCUUGCUUGUUGGUGUUACCAACUUUGCAGGAGCACUUUGUGCUUUGUACUUGAUUGAUAAACAGGGGAGGCAGAAGCUUUUGAUUGGAAGUUACUUAGGAAUGGCACUUUCAAUGUUUCUUGUGGUCUAUGCGAUCAGUUUUCCACUAGAUGAGGAACUAGGUCACAACUUAUCAAUACUGGGAACAGUCAUGUACAUAUUUACCUUUGCAAUAGGAGCCGGCCCGGUCACUGGACUUGUCAUACCAGAACUCAGCAGUAGCAGAUCACGGGGGAAGAUCAUGGGAUUCAGUUUUUCUGCUCACUGGGUUUGCAACUUCUUGGUGGGUUUAUUUUUCCUCGACUUGGUGGAGAAAUUCGGAGUUGCUCCAGUUUAUGGUACCUUUGGCGGAGUUUCCCUGUUGGCAGCAAUAUUUUCUACCUACUUUAUAGUUGAAACCAAAGGGCGCUCCCUUGAGGAUAUAGAAAUGUCACUAAGCUCAGAUUUCAUUGCCAGAGGCAAGAAGUGACCUUAUACUGAUACUUGAAGAUUCUGAAGAUCUAAACUGUCGCGAUACAUUUAUAGAUCAGAUUGAAGUUUCCACGGUGGAGGUUCACAAGUUUAAUGCCAUAUUUCAGUGAUGUCACCUUUUGCUUCCAUGUCCUGUCAAAUGUUACAUUGUAACUGAAUCUGAAAUUAUCUUCAGAGGAAGAAUGCUAUCUUUUAGUGGGGUUAAAUCAGAUAGUACUGAGAUGCAGAGUUAAAAGAAA